AUGUAUAAUAUACUUAGAGCAAAAAAUGCCUUCAAGUAAAAUAGAAAUAAAACACCAUAAGAAUCUGUAAAUCAGAGGCAACCUAGUUAGAGUGUAUAUGAUUAAAGGUAAAAUUGAUGAUUGAAAUUUGAAAGCAAUUAUUCGUUGAGUGUGACCAAAAGUAAAACAAAUAACUCAACUACUAUGAAUACAAUAAAUAGAACAAUUAACUCGUUCUAUAUUGGUCCGAGAAGGGACAAGAUGUAAUCUUAUACAAUAGAGUUAUAAAAAACUAUGGAUGGUGAUUUUGGGAAUAAAUUAAGAACAGGUUAUAGGGAGAGUGGAAGACACAGUAGAAAAGUGGUAAUUUAUUGAUUUCAUUUUAAGCACACCUCUUAAGGACCAUAUCCAUAAAAGCUUAUAUCUCAUAGUAAAUCUGUCAUUUAUGGAAAAAAAGAAGUCGAGAAUGAUGAAGAACAAACAUAAGAGUAUAAGUGUUUUAUAAUUAGAAAUAUAACCAUUUUAUAAUAGGGGUUGAUCUAAGAGCCUUCUAAACCAUUAAUUAAUUCAAAUGAGGAAUUAACUAAAAUAAAGGAACAGGUUAAUUCUAUGUAUAAGAAUUUGGAGCCUGACAAUAUGGAAGUAGAUUAAUGGGAUUAUUAGGUAGACUAUGAGAAAUUAGAACUUAAAGUAUUUAGUUUGGAUGAAUUGAGAUAUUUAAUGUAAGAAUUUGAAAAGGAAGAAUAUGAAAGAAACUAUUUGACUAUGGAUAAAAUUCUAUUGAAAAAUAAAUUUUUUGAGAGAUUUGGCUAGGGAAUCAGGAUUGGAAUAAUGGAAAAAGCUUCAAUGGAAAUUCAUAAUGUCGGAGAAGUCAUUCUUCAAUUGGGGGCUAAUAGCAAUAAUCUUUAUGUUAUUCUUAGAGGAUCUUGUUAAUAGACAUUGACAAUGGACAUUCAAUUGGAAGAAUAUCAGUGUUUGACAGUCUAAUCUUAUUUUGAUGGUUAAGAUUUAUCAGAGAUUAAUUUAUUGCAAUUAAACAAUAGCAGGGGGUAUUCUGCAAAUAAAUUCAUAGAUAUGGUUGAGGAAAUUAAAGAGCAUCCGAAAUUGAAAGGUAUCAUAUUAAAUUAAUAGAGAUCUGUUAAAAAAUGAAAGAACGAAAUUGAUAACCAGCCAUAUAUCUUGUGCAGAAAAAACAUAUUUAUUGAGAAUGGAUAAUGAUCAAUUCUAAAAGAUUUUGAAAUAAUCUAUUGAAAAAGACAAGGAAUUCAAAUUGAGCAUCUUAUCGCAAAUCAGAUUUUUUUAACAUACUUCUGCUUCUCAAUUAUUGCAUUUGGUAGCAGAGUUGGGAAUUCAAAAAUAUUUUUAAGGAGAUUGUGUAGUAAGAAAGGGAGAUUAAUUAAACAGAGUGAUUAUAAUAGCUUAAGGUGAGUUUGAAAUUGUGGAGGAGAUUCAACUUAAAAGGGAAACUAGAAAUUAUUAUUUGGAGAACAAAUUAAGACCUUUGGUGCAUAAAAAAAUCAUAGAUAGGAAUACUAAACCUAUGAUACCUAGAGAUUUUGCUGAUUAAUCCUUUGAUUUAUCCCUAAAUAACAAUCCAAAAUAAUAAGUUAUAAGAAAUUCAAAAUGCUAUCAAUAUUGUAAUAAGUAAAUUAAAGGCAAAAAUGAAAUCGCAUAUACUCAUUUACAUGUAUUGAAAACAUUGAAGAAAUGCGAUGUGAUUUGUGGUAGAUCAUUACUAAUUUUAUAUGAUAAUGAGUAUGAUUAGGAACAGUCAAGUAAUGCAAAGUAAUGAAUAAAUACAUCUAUAAUUAGAUUGACAGUUGUUGUAAAGAGUGUUUAAGGUUAAGUAUUUUUUUUGGAUGAGAAAAGAUAUUAAAAUCUACCAGAAAGUUUACAAAACCAAAUUUUAGCAGGAUUAAGAUCGAUGAAGGAAUUUGAUGAUUAUGAGAUAGAUCACAUUAGGAAACAAAUAAAAACUUGGGAGAAAUAUAAAUAAAAUUUAUACUAAAAAUUUAUAAUGGAGAAACGCUAAAAUGUUUUUAAAACAUACUGA